AUGAGAAUCGAAGAGCACCCCGUAGUCUGUCGCAUGCCACAGCCAACAAGGGGCCCCACGACACAGCCAAUCAGUCACAAUGACUUCCGCUCAUUCGCAGCGAGCCCGUACCACCCAGUGACGCUUGAAGAAAUGAUCCACCAGAAUGCACCACCGAUCUUUCUGCAUGUCACUUCUUUUAAUGAUGCAACUCUCGUCGCUAUCAGCUGGCCUCAAGUCCUCAUGGAUGAAAUAGGCCAUAAAGAACUUCUCCAGGCGUGGUCGUCAAUCCUCGCCGGUCGAGAAGAAGACAUCCCCGAUGUCUUGGGCGCGCAGAAAGAUAUUCUGGAUGGGAUUGGUCUUUCCGAUGAUGCUGGCCCUGGUCUUGAUCAGAAGCGGUUGAAGGGGAUGGCGAAGACGAAGUUUAUUUCGCGCAAUUUGUGGGAUAGGAUGUUUAAUCCCUCUUGGGAGUUACGGGCUAUUUUCCUCCCUAAGGAGGCUUUCGCGCGUUUGCGGACGCGUGUCCAGGGCGAACUUGCGCACUCUUAUCUGGGCGGUGAUGCCAAACCGAAUGUUAGUGAUGGGGAUAUCCUCACUGCUUGGAUUACUCGUGCUAUGGCUUCGUCCAUGCCGAAGCCUCGUCCGAUUACGAUAUUGACGUUUUCCAAUGCCCGGUUCCGGCUUCCAAGUUUGUUUGAUGGGGAUGGGGUUUACCUUCAGAAUUUGAUGUUGGGGGUUUAUACGUUCCUUUCUGUGGAGAUGGCUAGGGGGCCUCUUGGGGCGAUUGCGCUCAGUCAUCGGAAACAUCUGGACGAUCAGAAUUCAGAGGCGCAGACGAGGUGUUUGUUGAAUUCGUGGAGGCAGGAUAUCGAGUCGACGGGCAGUCCGAGUUUGUUCUAUGGGGAGCCGCAGGGGUCCGUCAUGCUGGUUAAUAACCUGAACAAAGCGGAGCUUAUUAAAGCUGCCAGGUUUGGGCCGGCGGUUGUUAAGCAGGGUAACAAGUCUUGGUUCGACGUGGACGGGGCUCAAUUGGCUUGGGCGGCUAUCGAGGAGGAUAUACGGGAUAUGUCUAUAAUUAUUUGA